AUGCCGCUGUCCCUGCGGUUCCUGGUGGCCUCCUGUCCGAGACCAGGGCUCUGGCUUCCUGAUCCUGGAAGAGACAAAGCAGUCCGCCUCCGUGCCAUCGUGGCUGAGCCGUCCCUCAGCCUCUCCAGGGACAGGCUGGAGUUCUCCGCUGUCCAGUGUGGGCAGUGCCAGGAAGAAACCGUCCAGCUCCACAACACGUUCCAGGUCCCCUGUCAAUGGUCCAUCAGCGUGAAUGAGCCUGUUAAGGAGGUGGACAAACAUCUGCCAGCGAGCGAGCAUCAGAAGCUGCUCGAGGAGAUGAAGUCCGUGCCCUGUGGCUUCGAGGUGCUGCCGUCAGCUGGAACGCUCGCCCCAGGACAGCAGUGCCAUGUCCAAGUCCGUUUUUCACCCACGGAAGAGAAGCGCUACCGGGGCGAGCUGCAGAUCCAGAUCUGCCAGAGCAGCCAACGCCUCCGGGUGCGGGUCUUGGGACGUGGUCUGGAGCCACGGCUGGAGUUCAGCCCCGCAGAGCUCGAGCUGGGACCGCUGCUGCCACAGAGCCAUGGGGAAGAGGGGACAGUGGCGGUGAAGACCCCCUGUGAGGUUUACUCGCUGGAGUUUGACCAGCAGCGCCUUGCUGAGGAGCAGCUCCUACGGACACCGAAAGAUGACAACAGCCACAACAGCUUGUUGCUGCCCCCGUGUGCCCCGGCUGAGAAGCUGACUGGUGAGGCCCAAGGAAGAGGCUUAAAAGUGAAGGUUGACGUUGUGGAUCCACCAGGAAAGGUGGUGAAGCUAGGAAACGUCUGCAUUGGGCAGACGGUGAAGAAGAUCGUCACCAUAGCCAGCAAGAGUGCAGCCCCUCUGGCCUUUCAGCUCAGAGUCACAUCCACCGUGCCAGAGUUGCAGGAGGCUGGGGUUCUGUGCUUGAAGCCCAGCAAGGAGCUAAAGCUGAAGCCCAGAGGAGACAGCUGCAAAAUGCAGGUGACCUUCUCCCCGAAGCGCCGCAUCCAGCCGUCCAGCGGGGAAGUGCUGCUGGAGUGCCGCGGGCUGGCUCUUUGUGGUGCGGGGCUCCUGCCAGGGCAGCCUCGUGAGCUUGGACCAGGAGCAGCUCAGCUUUGGAGCCGUGGUGCAGCAGAGCUACACGUGCCGGCGCGUGGCCAUGCGGAAUGUGGGCGACACAGGAGUCAGGUUUACGUGGGACGUGGAGAGCUUCAAGCCGGACUUUUCCAUCAGCCCCACGAAGGGUUACAUCAGCCCAGGGAUGGAUGUCCCAUUCAUUGUAACCUUCCGCCCCUCGAAGCUGAGCCAGGCUGUCCAGUGCGAGGGGCUGCGGUGCUUCAUCCAGGGCAGUGAGGCGCUGCGGCUUACGCUGUCAGGAUCCUGCGUGGAGGCCCCCAGCCCCAAAGAGACCCUGACUUUCAGCUGCAAUGUGCGUGAGAGGCAGAGCCAGACCAUCCUCCUGUCCAACCUGAGCAGCGAGGCCUGGACCCUGCAGCCCAUCAUUGAGGGGAAAUACUGGAAAGGGCCUGAAUUUAUCCGUCUGGAGGCCAGGCAAAAAGAAAAGGCCUACCAGGUCACCUACAGACCCCUAAGCAUGAGCUCUGAGAGCAAGAAGCAUCAGGUACGUGAGCUGGGCCAGCGUGCUGACCCUCGUGGCAUGACCCUCGUAGCUCCCCCUGCUUUGGGCAGGAGGUUGGACG